UCAAAAGUAAACGUCAUUUUUGUCGUAUGUUUUGAUGAUUUGGCCGAUCGUUGGACUCAACAAAACAUAAAAACGUGUAAUCAAUUAAUCGGUAAUUAAUCGGUAAUUAAUCGGUAAUUAAUCGGUAAUUAAUCGGCAAAAAUGUUGGACAACUUGUCGUCGCUGUCAUCCUAUGAACCGUUCAUCUCAUCCACAGUUUACCCACAUUUGAGUCUUUUGUUUCUAUCGAUUGGUGUCUUGUUUAUGGCCUGGUUCUUCACUCUCGAAGUUACCACAAAAUCGUCGUCAACUCUAUUGAAAGAGUUGACGACAUCACUGAUUGGAUCCACUUUUAUCGGUUUUGGUACAGUUUUUCUUCUUCUUUGGGUCGGAAUAUACGUGUGACCACUAAUAUGGACACGACAUGAGUGGACACCGAUAUUCAUAGCAAUUUAUUCAAUAUUUUUAUUUGUAUUGUUUUUAUUUAAUUAUUAUAAUUGAAGACUAAUGUAAUUAACCAAAAAAAGAUAUAAUGUAUU